UUGAGUUUCAGUCGAGAGACGGGAGCAAGAAGCGAACACACCCUACAAGUCCAAGAAGUCCCAGAGCUGCUGUGGGCCAUGAGUCUGUCUCUCCUCCUGCUGCUUGCCGUCCUCGUGGAUGUGACCGAUACUAAAGCUGCUUCAGACUUUAGGAUCUGUGCCUUCAACACACAACACUUUGGUGAAUCCAAGUCGAAGAAGAGUGACGUUAUGGGGACUCUUGCCAGGAUCAUCACACGCUGUGAUGUGUGUUUGCUCCAGGAAGUGAGAGACAGUAGAGGAAAAGCUUUACCACUGCUGCUCGACUCCCUGAAACGGUUUGACACCAAGUAUAAAUAUGAGACUGUGGCCAGCGAGAGACUGGGCAGGUCUGAGACGUACCAGGAGCAGUACGUGUUUGUGUACAGGAGGGAGACGGUGAGGGUCAUGGACCAGUAUCAGUACCCUGAUAAUAAACCAGGAGACGUCGAUGCUUUCUCCAGAGAGCCGUUUGUUGUCCGCUUCAGAGCGGACAGCACAGCUAUAAAGGAGUUUGUUCUCAUACCUCAGCACACCACGCCCUCCAACACCACCAAGGAGCUCGAUGCCCUCUAUGAUGUUCUACAGCAUGUGAGAAACAUGUGGAAAACUGAGAAUGUGAUGCUUCUUGGAGACUUUAAUGCGGGCUGUGGCUACCUCGCUAAGAAGAACAGGAAGAAUGUGCGCCUAAUCACAGACACGAGUCUUAUUUGGCUCAUCCGAGACGACACUGACACCACCGUGCGAUCAACCACAUCCUGCUCCUACGACAGGAUUGUUGUGAAUGGGGAAACCUUUCACAGAGCCAUCGUGCCUGCUUCAGCCAAACCGUUUAACUUUCAAGAGGAAUACGGACUGACGGAGGAGCAGGCGCUGGGUGUCAGUGACCAUUACCCGGUGGAGGUCCUGCUAAAGGUCAAGGAUUUCAGAGCCUUUCUUGGGGGCUCAUCUAUUACCAGUGGAAACCAGUUUAUGACUUUAUUUGUCCUAAGCCAUGUUGCCUUUCAAAUAUUGACAAGCCUUUAGUGCGACAGGACAGAAAGACGAGGAGUAAGACAUGCAGCUCAGGGCUGCAGGCUCGAUUCAAACGCAGGCCUAAACGCCAUCAUAACCUUUAGUGUGUUCCCAGGAUGAGCAGGGGAGUUUCUAAAUACGAUCGAGGACACGCUAACCUCGUUUCCUUUCUUGUUUCUGUUUGUCGUGUUCUCUGAUGGACAGCCAAAUUGGACUUUUCUGCUCCUGCACCCACCAUUAAACUAUCAUUGA